AUGUUCGACGUCCCACUCCGCAGGGUAAAGGACACCUAUCUUCUCUCCUUGGUGCCCUUGGUCCCCAAGUUCGUCUCCCCGAACCAUAUCACAUUCCUCGCAUUCCUCGUUGGCGUUCUCGCGUGUGUGAGUGCCAUGAUCCCGGGGUUAGCAUUCGCAUCCGUCUAUUUCUGGCUCUUUAAUCGCUUCCUCGACAACCUCGACGGUGUUCUCGCGCGGGCAAGGCGUCAGGCCACUGACUUAGGUGGUUUUUUCGACCUCCUUAGCGACUUCGUCAUCUACUCAUGUAUUCCCAUAUCCAUCGCAUAUGGCCAGUACGCAGACCACGGUGUAAAAUGGUUUAAUCUCUCAAGCUUCCUCGCCAUCACUAUCCUUGAAGCCACUUUCCAUGUCAACAAUUUCGUCCUCUUCUACUGGGCAGCGAUUUCGGCAAAGAAGGCCGAAGGAGAGUUGACUAGUCUAACUAUGAAACCUGCGCUGAUCGAGGGGUUUGAGUCUGGUGUGAUCUUCACACUGAUGUUCGUCUGGCCCCAGCAGAUUGUAGUGAUGAGCUGGAUGAUGAGUGUUGGGGUCGGGAUUGGAACUCUUCAAAGGAUCAUCGCACUCGCUUCCUCGUUGGACAACCUAGAGUUCAGGAAGAACAACAAAGAUUAG